AUGGGGACCUUUUGGACUUUAGUGGAGCCAGUGGUUGUUAUCAAUAAACUGGGCACUUCCUUCUUUGAGAUGGCCCUCACACAGAUUGUGUACAACCACUCACUGGAGACAACAGCUGGAGAUACUGAUCAUGCACAGGCAUUAUCAUCACGCUUUCUUCUUAUUCAAAGUGUAAUAUCCUCUGUGGCAGCCAUGUUAUCCAUACUACCCUUGAGCCGUAUUGCUGACCGCCAUGGCCCAAAAGUCUUCCUAGUUGUCUCUCAAAUGGGUUCUGUUAUGGGCAUGUUUAUGCUUGUCAUCUUCAUGUACAUUAAGGUUCCUUUGGAGUUUCUGUACUUGGGUUCUUUGCUGCAUGGUCUGAGUGGAGGAGGGCCAAUGUUUUGGGCUGGGGUGGCUGCUCUGGCAGCACUAAGCUCAGAGAAGGACAAACGUACUCUUAAACUGAACAUUGUGGACUUUUGUUUUGGUGUUGCAGGGGUUGUGGGAGGUCUCCUGUCUGGAUUUUUGUACCAGAUCGGACCAUCAGUUCUUCUUGUGACAGCAGUUGUUGUCAGUGUGUUGGCAUUACUGUACACUGUGUUUCUCCUUUCUGACUCGAGAUGCUCAGAUACUGAAAGUGAAUCAUUGCUAACACAAUCUGAGAGUGUGAAUAAAAUGGACAGAGUCUCCGUGGGUAUGCUGAUGGUUGCUAUGAUGGUAUUUAUAGUGGGCAUGGUUGGCGCAGAAAACGUGCUCCAGCUAUAUGUACUGAAGCCUCCCCUGAGCUGGGACUCAGUGUGGGCAGGAUAUGGCAUGGCUGCCACCAGUGCCAUGUAUCUCAGUAGUUUCUUAGGGGUCCUGACUCUGUUUAGUCUGAUGGGGGACACAGCCCUCACUCUUCUGGGCAUUGUGUCCAAUUGCACCGGGAUGGCAAUUAUGGCUUUUGCCAUAGAAAGCUGGGUCUACUUCCUGGGUGAGUUUGUCUAA